AUGGACGCCAAGGCAGGACCCCCAGAGGAAGAGGUGGUGAUCACUCUGGAGUCUGUGGCCCCGAGAGGGGUCUGGGCAGGCUCUGAGACCAAGGAGGGGACUGGAGCAGCAGGACUUCUGGCCUGCCUGUCUGCCUGUGGCGUCUCAGGGCCCAAAGGCCCUUUUGGGGGGAUGAAGACAGCUGCCUUGCUGCUCACUCUGGCCCACGGCUCCCAGGAGGGCCUGCCAUGGGGCCGAGACAGGGUCCUGGCCUGGAGGGAAGAGGUUAUUUAUAGACCAGUGGAUGUCCACAGGGGGAUGCCCCGGCACCCACUGCCCUGGGUGGUCCCAGCGGGGCUAGAGCAGCCAGUGACAUGGGACUGCCCCGUACAGAUGCAGAGGCUUCUUCAGAGAGUGGCGGCGGGUCCCAUGCAGCCCUGCGCCCCACUGUCCCGCAGCCCACAGAGCAGAGAGGCCAGCAUGGUACAGGUGCUGGGCACACUGGCUGUGCUGUGGCUUGGCACUGUGACCGUCGCCUACCUCCUGUGGCAAGUGCUCCCUCCUCCAACCCGGGGCCAGGGGUACUCUCAGGAAGUGCCCACGAGACCCCAGCCCCAGGUGAGUGACUCCAGCCCAGCCUGGGAGACCCUGAAAAGGGAGACUGAGGGGCAGAGCGACUCCUGCAGGCUCGUCCUCGUGGAAAGCAUUCCCCAGGACCUGCCGUCUGCAGCCGGCAGCCCGUUGGCCCAGCCACUGGCUCAGGCCUGGCUGCAGCUGCUGGACACUGCCCAGGAGAGCAUCCAUGUGGCCUCAUACUACUGGUCCCUCACCGGGCCUGACAUCGGGGUCAAUGACUCGUCUUCCCAGCUGGGAGAAGCCCUUUUGCAGAAGCUGCAGCAGCUGCUGGGUAGGAAUAUCUCCCUGGCUGUGGCCACCAGUAGCCCGACCCUGGCGAGGAAGUCCACUGACCUGCAGGUCCUGGCAGCCCGAGGUGCCCAGGUGCGACGGGUGCCCAUGGGGCGGCUCACCGGGGGCGUUCUGCACUCCAAAUUCUGGGUUGUGGAUGGACGGCAUAUAUACCUGGGUAGUGCCAACAUGGACUGGCGGUCCCUAACACAGGUGAAGGAGCUUGGCAUGGUCAUCUACAACUGCAGUCACCUGGCCCAGGACCUGGAGAAGACCUUCCAGACCUACUGGGUGCUGGGGGCCCCCCAGGCCGUCCUCCCCAAAACCUGGCCUCAGAACGUCUCAUCCCACAUCAACCGCUUCCGGCCCUUCCGGGGCCUCUUUGAUGGGGUGCCCACCACUGCCUACUUCUCGGCCUCGCCGCCCACACUCUGCCCCCACGGUCGCACCCGGGACCUGGACGCGCUGCUAGCAGUGAUGGGGGGCGCCCGCGAGUUCAUCUAUGCCUCAGUGAUGGAGUACUUUCCCACCACACGCUUCAGUCACCCCCGCAGGUACUGGCCAGUGCUGGACAAUGCACUGCGGGCGGCAGCCUUUGCCAGGCGCGUGCACGUGCGUCUGCUGGUCAGCUGCUGGCGCAACACUGACCCUGCCAUGUUCCCUUACCUGCGCUCCCUGCAGGCCCUCAGCAACUCCUCAGCCAACAUCUCCAUGAGUGUGAAAAUCUUCAUAGUGCCGGUGGGGAACCAUUCCAACAUCCCAUUCAGCAGGGUGGACCACAGCAAGUUCAUGGUCACGGAGAAGGCAGCCUACAUAGGCACUUCCAACUGGUCGGAAGAUUACUUUAGCAGCACCUCGGGUGUGGGCCUGGUGGUCAGCCAGAGGGCCCCCCACACCCAGCCAGGGAUGGCCACCGUGCAGGAGCAGCUGCGACGACUGUUUGAGCGGGACUGGACUUCCCGCUAUGCCGUAAGCCUGGACGGACAAGCUCAGGGCCAGGACUGUGUGUGGCGGGGCUGA